UUUAUUUCCUAUUUGGAUUCGCCAGCUCUGGCUAUAAAUACAAAGGCCGCGGGAAAAGAGAUUUGAAGAGUAUUUCGAGCUGGUUUUGCUUCUGAAACCCUAGGUUUCCACGGAGGAGGGAUUCGAUCCUGCUUUCGAGAAUUUGGGAUUUUGUUCAAUUGGAGCUUCCGUGCCCGGUUGUUGUUGUGGCUGAUCCCAGCCACAAUGGACACUUGAAGAUCUUCUUUUAGAGAUCAAGGCAUUGGAGUUGCAGCUUGUGUACCCUUCUUCCAUGGCAGUUGCGGUGCGUUUGAAAGAAAUCAUGCAGCCGGAUUUUUCUCAAGGACAUGAGAUUAGUAGUUGUAAGCCUUUCAGAAUGUGCAUAUCUGAUGACGAUCUCAAGGAUUUUGAUAGUGAUGAUGGAGAGAGGUCUGAUAUGAGUCCAGGGAAAGGCACUCGAUUUUCCUGUGCUGAUUUUGAUUUGAGUGACUCAGAAAGUUUCGAGGAGGAGGGAUAUCUCAAGAUCACACUUCAUUUGCCGUAUAAGAAAAGUUACGAGGAGAGCAUCUUAUUUGAAUAUGAACUUGAGCGUGAGACAAAAGUUAAGGAAGCUGUCAGGUGUAAAUUAUCUUCUUUGGAGGCGAGCCUAAGAUUUGAAAAUGACUUUGCAUUAAUUCGUGUUGCAACAUUUGUUCGGGAAAGGAAAGAGGCAAAUGUGAGAUUGGAUAAACAGCAUACGCGCAAGAUGUAA